CUUUUCUCUUUCUUCUCUUUCCUCUUUCUCUUUCUAGUCUGUUCUUCUUCUUCCUUUCUUCUUUAUCCAUCAGUCUUCAUCCAAACUCCUUUUCUUUACCCUAGUUUUUACAUUACAGUCAAAGCAACAUGACCAACGCCAACAAGAUCAACGGAGGAACCGUCGUCGAGAUGCAGGGUGAUGAGAUGACUCGCAUCAUCUGGGACGGCAUUCGUGACAAGUUGAUUCUCCCAUAUGUUGACCUUGACAUCAAGUUCUUUGAUCUUGGCAUGGAGUACCGUGAUCAGACUGACGAUCAAGUCACCAUUGAUGCCGCUGAGGCUAUCAAAAAGUACAAGGUCGGCAUCAAGUGCGCCACUAUCACCCCAGAUGAGGCCCGUGUUGAGGAGUUCAAGCUCAAGAAGAUGUGGAAAUCACCCAACGGUACCAUCCGCAAUAUCUUGGGAGGCACUGUUUUCCGUGAGCCCAUUCUUUGCAAGAACAUCCCUCGCUUGGUCCCUGGCUGGACAAAGCCCAUCAUCUUGGGACGUCAUGCCUUCGGUGAUCAGUACAAGGCCACAGACAUCGUUGUCGAUGGCCCCGGUCGCUUGGAGUUGGUCUUCACCCCCGCAGAUGGCUCGGAGAAGAAGAACUUGGUCGUCUAUGACUUUGAGGGACCCGGUGUUGCCAUGGGAAUGUACAACCAUGAUGAGUCCAUCAUCGGAUUCGCUCACUCAUGCUUCAAGGUCGCUAUUGAAAAGUCAUACCCCUUGUACAUGUCGACCAAGAACACAAUCUUGAAGAAGUACGAUGGUCGCUUCAAGGAUAUCUUCCAAGAGAUCUACGAGCGUGAUUACAAGGAGCAGUUCGAGGCCAAGAAGAUUUGGUAUGAGCAUCGUUUGAUCGAUGAUAUGGUCGCUCAGAUGUUAAAGUCCUCUGGAGGCUUCGUCUGGGCCUGCAAAAACUAUGAUGGUGAUGUCCAAUCUGAUAUCGUUGCUCAGGGCUAUGGUUCCCUUGGUCUGAUGACCUCAGUCCUCUUGACCCCCGAUGGUCAGUGCUGUGAGGCCGAGGCCGCUCACGGAACUGUUACCCGUCAUUACCGUGAGCACCAAAAGGGUCGGGAGACCUCCACAAACCCCAUUGCCUCCAUCUUUGCCUGGACCCGUGGUCUGGAGUUCCGUGCCAAGAUCGAUAACAACGAGGCCUUGAAGGAGUUUGCUCAUCAGUUGGAGGCUGUCUGCAUCGAGACCAUCGAGGCUGGUGACAUGACCAAGGACUUGGCCCUGAUCAUCCAUGGCAAGGACAUGAAGCGUGAGCACUACUUGAAUACUUUUGAAUUCUUGGAUCGUUUGGCUGAAAACUUGCAAAAGAAGCGUAGCGCUUAAAAGAAAAAAAAGG